CACAAGUACUCCUUUUCUUUUUGCGUAUACUUUUAUUGCAGAAGUGUCUGGGUUUUUAAUCUAUAUUGUUAGAAUUGCUAAGAUGGUAAAUGUUUUUGAACAUGGUUUUAAGUGAAUAAUGACCACAGCGUCAUAUUUACACCUUAGGUGUCAGCAGUCAGACUUCUCCAGCACCAGGCCAGCCCCAAAAAACACAGGGGGAGGGGGGCAGAUGUUCAAAUGUGAUCUCCAAUUUUGUGUUAAAGUUCUGUUGGCCUGCCCUUGCACUUGCAUAGGAAUAUGACUGUGCACAGAACUGAAUGCAUGCAGACGAUUGUAUACGUGAAACUAAGCCAGAUUGAGGUAUUCAUUGAAAAUUUGACCCCAUGCGUUUCGGCUCCUGUUUCCGACAUAAUGAAGUCGCUGGCAGAUUGAGCUCAACUUACAUAUCCGUUAAUACUAGAUCUUUGUGCAGAAAGUUUUCAGUCUGAGAACUCUUUUCAGUUAAUAGUUCAUACUGUUCACCCUUAUAAUGCAUGAUGACAACAUAAAACAUGACUUUAUUAAUUUGCAUGACCUUUGACGUGGGAAGCCUGCAGGAUUUUCACAAACAUUCAAUUAACAUUAAGCAUGGAUAGGAAGGAUCACAAUACACUUCUCCAGCCAACUUUUGAGUAGGAGGAAGAGGUCUAAGGAUGGGGACAAACAGGUUUAAUAGAAUGAAAAGGUCAGAUUUAAUUUGAAGUUUUUCUGAACAGUAAUAUUGCAGAGAGAACAAUGUCUAAACCUUUCAAUAAAAUAGAAACUGAUGUUUGUGUUUUCUGUCUCUGUCUUAUCUGAGCAUUAUUCGAUUAUGCACAUCCCCCUGUGAAAUAGCACAGGUGGAUAGAGACCUGAGGCACAGCAAAAUUAAGUCACUUGCCCAAGGUCACUCAGGCAUUUUGUGGCAGAGCUGGGAGCAAACCUAGAUCUCUUGAAUCCUAAUCCAAUGCCUUAUCACACAAAAUCAUGGGACAAGGAAACAAAGAUUUUGGUGCCAUAAAGUGUGAAAACUAGAACAAUGGGUGCUAUAGGAUUUUACUGGCACCCCCAGUUGACACUUUUUGUCUGUCUUUGUAUUGCACUAAUGCUAGCUUUUAGUAACUCUGUGCAUUCAUUUGAAGAUACCUUCAAAGAUUGGCAGUAGGGUUCCACCUCUAUAUGCAAGCUCAGCAGUUCCGCAACUGUGGUCUGUAGCCCAUGGAGCACUUAUUGGUUGGUCUGCUCAAAGAAGGCUGGACACAUGGUGCUCCAGUUUCUUCAAUUCAAAGAAGAGCCUGGUGGCUUGUAAAGCAGCUGGAAAUGAGGAGAAGCCAAUUUAUCUGCCUCUGCCAGGGGUUACUGCUUUACAAGAGGAGAGGCAUGACCUUGAGGGAAGAGAAUGAGGCUGCUGUCCAGGGGCAGUAUCCCCAGGGGAAGAGGGAAUCAAGUAGUAUGUCCAAGGGUAGAGGAGGAAAAAGGGACCAGACAGCAAAAGAAUAAGGGGAGGAGAGGGAGAGAGAGCAAAAGAACUGAUGAGAAGAGGAGUUGAAAUGAAGAACAAAAGUGUGAUUCCUUUCUUUGUAAAAGGACAAAUAUUUAUUGCAUUAAAGACAGCUAAAUGACUAUUAAUUUCCUAGUAUUACUAUUGUUCAGUAUAAACAAUUGCUGAAGUCGCCACAGGGCUCUUUUGUGAAUGGGAGGUGACAUGGUCUCUGAGACAGGCUCUCUAUUAAGUUGUCCACACAAUAUGAAAAUGUUUGAGAACCCCUGGUAGACCGACCAUUGUGCUAGCAUCAACUGUGUUCUGAUCCCUGCUGUGCUACUAACUCAUCUGUGUUGCCUUGGGGUACUUAAUCUUUGUGGGCUUGUUUUCAGUAGAACACUGUAUAUUGUUUGAAUGUGAUUGCGAAGAGUUGAGUUAGCUGACAUGACACUGACCAUAACCAACCACUCAGUGUAGACUGGGUCAAAUAGUAUUCAGUAUUGUCAACUAAUUGCAUUUUAAACCUGGCUGGUAUCAGGGACUGCUCUCAUUUACACCCUGGCUGCUGCAGUGCCCAAGAGAGUUGCCUGCACUCUAGCCAUUCACCGAUGUUGUUGUUCUGCCCCUGGUCACAGCCCUACACUGGUAAUGGUGUUUUGCUAUCUCUUUGUCUCUCGGGAAUCCCCCUUUCGUUGGGGGGAUUGCCUAAUGAGGGGAGAGUUUCUGGCUCUGGGCUGUAGCCCAGAAUUGGGACCUCUGCUUUUAAGAUUUCAUCCAAAAUAUCUACACCUAAAAAUCAGUGUGUAUGCCAAUUAUCUGUCCUUGAAGGAAGAAAAGCUGAGUCAGCUGUGAAUUCAGGGAGCCUAGUUAUUUCCAAAUCUGAUUCUUAGGCCACUCAGGUAUUUUAAUCAUCACUAAAUUCCAGUGGUGCCAAACCCUUCUAAAAAUAUCAAGGAUAUUGGGUUUCAGUGAUCUCUGCCUUGUACUGAUCAUUUGCCUACACAGAGCAGAAAAUAUUUUCCAAGAGACGUUGCUAUUGGUAUGCAUGUGUUUGCCCGAAUAUUAGAAGCCAAGGUCUUAGCAGGAUUCAAAAGUGUAAAUUUUUAACUGUGUGGGCAAUUAACUAUUGGAACAAUUUCCCAGUGUAUGUGUGAUAAACUCAGAACCAUGGUAUAAAAUAUUAACUUGGGCAACAUUUCUAUUUUGACAGCUCCUGCAAUUCAAAAACAUCACAUGGAGUAGAAUAUUAGCCCCACUGAAGACAAUGGCAAAACUCCCAUUGAUUUUUUUUUAAUAAGAUCAGGAUCAUGCCCAUAGUUUUAGUGUGCUAGGCAAGUGUAGUCCAGUGAUAUUGUUAAUUUUACUCCGUACCUUUCCUGAAAAGAUUCUUGGACAGUCCAGAGCAUGUUUUAUCACCAGCAACUGGAUUAAAGCAUUAAUAUGCACCACUAUCCCUUAAGUCUAGGCAAUUCAUUUUGUAUGGUGUUUUCUGUAGUCAUCAUUAGCCUGAAUUUUGUGUCACUCUGAUUUAACAUCUUUUACUGCUAUUAGCCAAAAUCUUGUGUAAGCAGAGUCAGAAUGAGCGCUCCCCUGACAUCUGAUGGUGAGCUGUGGAAGAGGACUUCAGGGGCUGAUCUCAUUUGCAUGGGCACACCCACCCUGCCUAGCACAAUGGAACUGCUUGCCCAAGUGGUCACUUUGGCUGUUGUGGGAUCCCCAGUCUCUUUGUUAUUGGGGCAGGAGUAAUAAAGUGGUGUUAUCCUGGUUAUGUGAAUCAAGAACAACUGUUCUUGGCAUUUUAUGACUGAGGGACUCACCCUCAAGUACACGGCACUCGCUAGGCAAGGGACAUGGGUUCCAAACUCCAAUGAAUUGAGAGAGGUUGGGGACAGGUAUCUGUACUUGGUUGUGUAGGUAUUGACCCUGCUUUGACUCCUCUCGCCACUGUAGAAUGACAGAGCUAAUUUUGACUCCAUUCGGAGUCUUGUUACAUGCUGCAGAGCUGAAAUCACUGAGAGCUCUGUUGGGGUGAUGAAAACAUAUUGGUGAGCGGCUAGCCAGAAUGGCUAGUGGAGAGGGGUGGCUGACGGUGAAGACUGUAGCAGAACCCCAGGGAGAAGCAUGGCAAUUGGCUGUUGACCUGAGCAGCAGAGCCUGUGAGGUGCCACCCAAACCUCCCCCACUUCCACCCAGGCUGGGAGGUAAACUCUGCAGAUGGACUUCUGAACUCUGGGGCUGCACUGACCAAGGGCAGAAACUGUGGGUGGGGUGACUUUUUUGGGUUGCUGGACUCAAGAACCAAAGGGAAAAGGACAUGGCCCAAUCUACUUGGGGGUGGGUCUUCUGUUGCUCAUUGUUGGUUUUAUGAAUCCUGUUUGUGGUGUUUCCCCAACAUAAUGCUGCAUUGUUUCCCUCCUUUAUUAAAAGGCUUUUGCUACACUCAGACUCUGUGCUUGUGAGAAGGGAAGUAUCGCCUCUUAGAGGCGCCCAGAGGUGGUGGUAUGUAAUUGUCCCAAGUCACUGGGUGGGGGCUUGAGUCGGUUUUGCAUUGUGUUAUUGAAAAGGAACCCCUAGAUACUGAACCCAGCCCUUGUUGCUGCCAACUCUGACUGACUGGCAGAAGGGUUACACUUGAGAAUUUGGAGUAUGAAUAGAUGGAAAGAUUUGGUUUAAAAACCUUUCCUAUUCUCUUUCCCUUCCAUGAACAGAGAGUCUUGUUUGCCAAGCUUUCUAUUUAAAAAAAAAAAAAAAAAAAAAGACAAGAAUAUGCCUGUUUUAUCGGUGAGGAGAAAGUCAAGGUGGCACUACUGCUGUGUAUUGUCAACAUACUGUAUGCAGUGAGUUCAGACAUUCCAGAAUUAAAAGAAGCAAGGACAGUUUGAACCAUCUUAAAAACCCUUUUGGUGUUUUGAUAUAUAAUCUCUAUGCUCUAUCCACAUGGCAAUGUGCAAUUGCAACUAGAAGUUUUGCUAAGACUCCGAAAAGCUGUCACUUAAGGAUAUGUGCUCUCAUGGCUUGCAUUUUACAAAGUGAGGCAGAUUGCAACACAACCUUCCUCAAAAUCCUGUGUGUGCCCAUCCCCCUGGGGAGCCUGCCAUUCCAACUUUCAACACAGAUAGGUCUGCAAACUCAGAAGAGUUACAGAAUAUGUAGUGAAAACAGGAGACCAUAUGACUGAUAGAUCAGCUCAAUUGCCAGAGGAGCUUUUGGAGAAUUGGAUAUCUUUCUAUAUGAGACAUCUGUGUAUCUUGGUGCCACAGACGGGAUUGUUACAAAGGCCUAAUUAGUAUGAAUUUUUAAGGGAUGGAACUCAAAACCAUCAGAAAAUCAUGUCUCUAUUGUAUGAAGACUGAACAGAUCAACAUGAAAUGACUUCCGGCAGCAGUUGUUGGACAUUAAACAGCAAGGAAGAGCCCACAUACUCUGGUGUGAAGAGAAUGGCUGUGACUUUAGAACAGGCCCAGAGGGUGGGCUGUACACUUCUGAAAGGACUCCUGAGGUUCAGCUUCAUGGUUGCCAAUAACCUGGUUGCUAUUCCAUCCUACAUCUUGUAUUUAAUUAUACUGCAGCCUCUUCGACUGUUGGAUAGUAAGCGGUUUUGGUAUAUCGAAGGAGUGUUAUUUAAAUGGCUUUUAGCUAUGGUGGCUUCCUGGGGCUGGUGGGCAGGAUAUACAGUAGUCGAAUGGGGAGAUGAUGUUAAAGUGGUUUCAGAAGAUGAAGCCAUGAUGUUGGUGAACCAUCAAGCAACAGGAGAUGUCUGCACGCUAAUGAUGUGCCUUCAGGAUAAAGGCACGGUUGUCCGUCAGAUGAUGUGGCUGAUGGAUCAUAUUUUUAAGUAUACAAACUUUGGGAUUGUAUCGCUGAUCCACGGAGACUUCUUUAUAAAACAGGGAAAAGCUCACCGUGACCAGCAGCUUGUGCUCCUAAAGGAGCAUCUAGACAAACAUUACAGGAGCCGUGACCGGAAGUGGAUUGUACUGUUUCCAGAGGGCGGCUUUCUUAGGAAAAGGAGGGAAACAAGCCAGGCAUUUGCCAAGAAAAACAAUUUGCCAUUUCUUACACAUGUCACCCUGCCAAGACUGGGAGCAACACAAGUUAUUCUGAAAUCACUUGUAGCUCAGCAAGAAAAUGGAACCCCAGCAGGUGGAGAUGCGAUGGUAGCAGAGAGCAAAUCAAAAGGUCUUCAGUGGGUGAUAGAUACAACCAUUGCUUACCCUAAUGAAGAACCUAUAGACAUCCAGACCUGGAUUCUUGGCUACAGACGACCGACUGUCACACAUGUACAUUACAGGAUUUUUCCAAUUAAAGAUGUACCUGCACAACCUGAAGCCCUCACUGAUUGGCUAUAUCAACGAUUCAUUGAAAAAGAGGAUCUCUUGUCACAUUUUUACAAAACAGGAGCUUUUCCUCCUCUUCAGGGUCAAGCAAAGGCUAUUUCCCGAGAGAUGACCCUCAACAACUUGUGGCUAAUUGUCAUACAGUCCCUUGCAUUUUUGUCGGGCGUUAUGUGGUACUGCAUCCUUCAGUAUUUUUAUCAUUGCCUAUUUUAGAAGUUGAAAGGGACCUGAGGACACUUUGAGAAGCCAGGCUCUUGCAAAUCUGCAUCAUGUUUGUGUGCAAAUGUGAAUAUACAAGAAUAAAGGAAAAUGCUGGAUGGAUUUUAACCCCUCUUAGGGGAGAUUUUAAACUCCACUAAAAGUGAGGAUCAGUAAUAUCGUGACCUGAUGUAUUUUAAGAACUGUCCAUAUUUUUAAAAGGUGGAUACCCCCCACACUCUUAAGCAAAUUCAGCAUUUGCACAAGAGGUGCAAUUGUACAACCACUGUAGAAAAAAGUCUGCAACAAAAAAGUUCUAACACCGCAGGUAUUUCUCGGCAUUGUAGUUAAAGCUCAGAAAAUUCAUCAAUUUUGUUUCUCCAGUAGUCUGCACUACAAGUUGUGUGGUUAGAGAUCCUUCAUUUGCAAAAACUCAAGUUUUACUGCUGGGAUCAGUUAAACAUUCUGCAGAGCUGGUUACUGUAUCUUAACUGCUCCUUGAUCAGCCAUUGUUGUAUUAGACACACCAUUCCUAAGGACAACACCCAAGUGACAGCCAGUGUCGGCAAUGUUUUUUGGGAGAAAACAGCGCUCAGAAAGGUGUUUCAGUAUCCUAAUGUGUUUAAAAAUGAUGUGCACCUGAUAAAUCAGCCCAUUACCAUUGAGUUCCAUGUUCCAGUGUAUUCCUUCUUGUGAGGGAACUUUAAAAAGUCACAUAACUUGAUUAGUUCCCUUUUGUGUUUAAAAUGUGUUCCAUAAAUUGAUGAUUGUCUUUUUGCAAAAUGCACUUUUAAAGAUGAAAAUACAGUGAAGGAAAGGUAUAUACCUUACAGGAAAAAGCAAGCUUUAUCUAUAGCAACUUGGAAUUUUAAGAGGCAUUAACUCUUCCUGCUGCCCUUCUGUGUUGGAUACCAAACUUUAGCCAAUAUGACGGUGUUAUAGCUUAGAGACCUUUUUUCCAUUUGUUGCAACAGCACUAAAUACAUUUGUGGCAGGGUUUAAGCAAAUCAAUGCCAAAUCAUCAAUAUUUUGCUUAGGAAGAAUAUUAGGAAGCUGGUGUCUUUUAAAAAAAGUGGGUAUAAGUGCUGGCCUAAAGCUAUAGGAAAAUGUUCAACCUAUUUGUUGGGGGGGGUGGGGGGGGAAGGAAUAACUAUACAGAGAGCAGUAUUAACCUGCCACCAUGCUGAAAGUGUCAGUCUGACUAAAAGAAGAAUUAAAAGGCAGCCUGGCACAAAACAGAUUUUCCUAUGUCUGGCUUACAAAUCUUUUGAUGGGAAGUCAGCGCUGUGGGUUCUCACUUCUGACAGGUUUAGUUGGCAUCAUGUUCAUGUGAUUACAGAGAUAAAAAAGAACUAUUCCUAGAAUACCAUUACUCUUUAUAAGUACAGAACAUGUAGUCAGAACUUAGAGUUACUAUGGUGUAUUAUCUUUCAUGGAUUGUAACUUUACUGAGAGCAAAGUAAGCCAACAGUAGUUGUAUAUGUUGAGUUUGUGGUAUAGAUUCCCUGUUUUUCCUUAAGCUCAUGAGAACCAGUUUUGAUAAGUAAUGUACAGAAUAAAAAUACAAAACAUAGCUUCAUAUUUUUCCUUUUGCUUUUGGGGGAAAACCAAAAAAAGGGAAAGAUGUGAAUUUUCGUGGCUGAUAACAAAAUGAUGCAUUAUAGAAGAUCAACUGAAAUACCUCAUGGACUAUUACGAUACCACUACAGGUGAAAUGCAGAAGACAGUGUUAACGUUUAGCUUAGUGUUCAGUAUAAGCUGCAGUUUUCAAACUCAAACUUCCUGAUAACUAACACCCACACCCCCCCUACACAGUGAGCUGAAUUGUAGUGUAAGAACAAAAUCAAACAAAAUACUGCACAGGGAGGCCAGUUUGGAACAUGAGAAUUUUCCUUUACGCUUCAAUCCAUUCUUGUUAAACUAUAACUGAAGUAAGCAAUGCAUUUCAUCUGCCAUAUUUCAGGAGGGAAGUUCAAUACCAACCAUCAUAAAUGUGGCCGUAAAUAGCAGGCCAGGUCUGAACAAGAGUGUACUGGAAAUGAUCUGCAGAGUGCAAGUGGCAGACUGUUUUUAUUUGUCUUACUAACAUAUGAUUUGGUUGGAACUAUGUGGUUGUUACCCACAUUCCAACGUUCCCAAUUCAAAACAAAAUAAGUUGAAGGGGUUGAUAUAGAAAGGGAAGAUUGUGACUAAGCAAGUUGCACAACAGUAGCAUGCAUCAAACUACUGUUCAUUAUGAACCUGAUACUGCAUGCAAAGAGUAUAUUGCUUUUCUAAUGCAGUAUGUUGUUUCCAGUGACCUAGCGUGACACACUAAGUACUCACAUGCUGCCUAAUGAAAUAGUAGGAGUGAGCAGUAGUGUGCUGAGAUGGGCAUAUGAUUUACCCAGUUCGUUUGUUUAUUAUUCAACCUGUUCCCUUUUUUUUAAUAUUGCAAAAUAUUUUUGUUUUAAGGCACUGAUUGUAGUUUCAAUGGGGAGAUUAAGUCACAUUAGAUUGGUUCUCUCCUAUCUGCACUGGAAGAUGUGAAGAGAGUGUGUCGUGCAUGGUUGAAUUAGGUGACAUUGGAAAGACACUGCUGUUAGGAAUUCUGAGUAGAAGUACCAUCCCAUCGUGGACUUAGAUGCUAGUUUAUGAAGGAGAAUAAAACAGGAGUGUUAAAAGGAUUUUUUUUAUUAAGGGAAAAAACAUAUAAAAUAUAGGUAAUAUAUAGGAAAUAUGGUAAUUAAAUACCCUGCUGGUCUAGACUGUUUGGAGAUUAGCAGGCUAUCUUGUAAAAUAUGCAACUCCUUUGAGUGAUAGUUCAGUUACCUGCACCUGGUUUGUGAUCAUAGCAGUAGUGGACACUUUGCUGCAAGCUACCCAGGGGGUUUCUGUUUAGAACAGUUUUCUCUGCAGAGAAAAAUGCAUCUAGUAGAAAAUUAAUUUAAUGGUAAAAGUACCUGCCAAGUUGCAGUAUAAUUAAUACAACUUUGAAUUGAUGGUGUAAGGAGCAGUAUUGUGGGGGAAUAUCUAAAACAAUGCAGGGUGAAAAUAUCUGCAGGACAUUUAAUUAUACAGAUUGUGGAACUGUUAAUUUCUCUACUACUUUAGAACAUGAGGGAGAACUAAAGAGAAUUUUUUAAAAAUUGCAAAUGUUGGUUCCAUGUUUUAGAUCGUACAUCUUUUUAAAUUGGUUAAUAACCACUUUGUGAACAAACAAUAUAGCCUUAGUAGUUCAGAGUUGCUGCUUUUUGGAUCCCAUAAAAGAUUAACAUUGUACCAUUCACAAAUUAUGGAACCGCUGUUUUUUUUCCCUUUUGUGACUAUCCUUUCCGUAUAGGUCCUCUUGUAACUUACAAACCGUUCGACCAACUCUUUCAGUCAUGAUUUGUCUUGAAAGAGGGUUUUUUUAAGCUGCUUUAGUCAUAUUUAAAAAGCCAGGCUUUUAUUUGUGUUUCUCAGUUAAAAUAAAUAAAUAAAUCUUUCUCUUCUAGAAGUCAUCAGAAAUAAGGUGCAACUUACUGCAUCUAAAAUAUAACUACUGUUGGGGUGGUAUUCAUUAUUCACAAAAAGAUGGAGCGAACUGUCUUUUUUUUGUUUUUUCCCUCCCCUCAUUGCCACAAGUGCUGUGAACCUUUACAUCUGUUUGUAGAAAACAAUAAAAAUACCGAAUACUGUGUGUGGCAGGUAUUAGACUGGUCCACUUUACCUUGGCAUAAAAUUUACCUUGGGACCAAAGCUACUUAAAUCUGGGAUUUCCAAAUUGCAAAACUGUUUGGGGGUUAAGGUUUGGGGUUUGGUUUUUUGGUAGUUGGCCUGAACUAUUUUGUGCUGAUAUAACAAAAUCAGAUGGAAUAAAGUAACUGUACGAAUGAAGGUACUGUACUGUUUGGAAAUAAUGCAGCCAUAUGAAAGAAAAUGUGGUAUUUUGCAAAAUUGCAUGUGUGUUAAUUUUUACAUUUAAUUGUUUUUAAAACAGUUGGAAAAGCAAAAUUAAAAAAAAAAACCACCUGUACUUGAGUUGCAAGGUCUGCACACAUUAUUAACAUUUCUGAAUUGUCUUAUUUUUAUUGUGUACAAAUGUAGGCUACAUGGCUGUGAUACAGAGAAAAAUCUUUAAAAGUAAGGAGUCUAUGCAUUUUACAGUUAAACUUUUUAUUUUACCAUUGGGUAAUAAAACAAUUAUACAUUGAA